CCUCGUUAUGAUGUUGGCACCAUAUUUUUAUUGUCGUAUAUGUGGCAUAUAUUUAUCAUAUACAUCGUGUAGGUUUCGACACAAUUCUAAACUUUGGAUGGUUUGCACCAUAUUAUACUAAACAUGGUGUAGCUGAGAAAAUCCAAUAUGUAAUCUAAAUACGUUAUAUUUGCCGACAAAAUGUCAUUACUUGCCCCCACAAAAAUGUUGAGAGGAAAAAGACAUAUAGAAAGCAGUUCCUUUCUAUAUUUCUUUCGUUUGGUUUUAGCAUUCACAGAAUCAAAGACACAGUUUCUUCUUCUUCUCUAUCUCUCUCUUUUUCUAAAGAAACGAGGUCAUUUUUCGCUCAAGCCUGAGCUCUUCAUCAAUAACUGAUUUCGCGUUACAGCACGAUCAUGAACGCCAUUAACGAAGGAAAAGACUGGAGUAUAUACUAAAUACCAUCAUACCAGUUAGACUGAGAAAACUCAAAAGAGAAAGAAAUAUUUAUGUGUCUUAUCGGGUGUUGUGUUGUCAAGAACCUGUAAGGACAAAAACAAAGCUUUUUAUGAGUUUCCUCUGCCAAUUUGGGGAUGGAUUUUUCUAGUAACGCCGGAAUGAUGAUGGAGAAUAAGAGGAAUGUCGUCUGCUCUCUCGAAGAAAGCAACAUCAAACGCCACAAGUCUGAUCUCUCUUCCAAGGAGAGGAAGGACAAAGUUGGAGAACGUAUCUCGGCUCUUCAACAGAUAGUUUCCCCUUACGGAAAGACCGACACUGCGUCAGUUCUUCUAGACGCGGUGCACUACAUAGAGUUUCUUCACGAGCAAGUCAAGGUUCUAAGCGCUCCGUAUCUGCAAACAGUGUCCACUGCUACGCUGGUGGAGAUAGAGCAGUAUAGCCUGAGCAACAGAGGAUUAUGUCUUGUUCCAAUGGAGUCUACAGCUGGAGUUGCUCAAAGCAACGGAGCUGAUAUAUGGGCGUCAGUGAAAGGAUUAAAAUGGGCACCGAUAGAUAAAAGACCAGGAGUAAUAGGUUCCACGAAAACCACCAAAUUGAGGAGACUCUCCAAGCCUAAAUGAAAAACUUCUCUCUGAGCUCAAUGUGUACAAGCCUUGGCUGGCUAGACCGAAGGGACCGUACCUCCUUGAUGUUGGUGGUGAAUGUGAGCUGUGCGAUAUUAUAAGAAUCGCCAGAGGUGUGAUAUAGACCACUGAUUCCAGAAAUGUACUCAGCCGGAUGGUUCAACUCAAUCUGCAGACAGUUAUGUCAAAGUUAAUAUUGAAGAAAAAAAGAAGAUAGGCAAAUGAAGAUCAUUGCAUGGCAUCUUGUUGGAACUAUUUUUUGAACAUUAUGAAUAAUAUUUUUUGAACAUUAUGAAUAAUGUAUUCAUAUGUCAAAAAUGAAGUUUUAUUUGAAUGAGAAAUGGAAGUCUAAUAUGUGUGUGAUUUGAAAAUCUUGUAUAAAGUAGCAAAUAAAUACAUUAGAUAUUUGAUCUUGGAUUUGGGUUUUGAUUUGUUAGUUGAACUUUAUGUUCAUUAACUUAAAUCAAAUAUAUGUUAUUAUUUUAUAUUGAUAAAAUAAAAAAAAAACUCAUUUUAAAGUAUAUUAUUUUGUUUGAAUUGGUCAAAACAAUAAUAAUUUUACUCUUUAAUUUCUUGGUCAAAAUGUGAAAUAAAUUCACAUACUAAUUGACAAGAAUUAAAGUUUUCAUUAGUGCACUAUGAAAGUUUUAUUUUUAUGUUGAAGAAUGAAAUUUGUGAUUCUCAUUAUUUUUCUAUAAAAGGGCUUGUAAGCAUUAUAGAAAAAAUAGAUUUUGAACAACAAAUCACUUUCUCAUACUUUGAAUAGUUAUGUUAGUAUUUUUUUUUUAUUUUGAAUAUGAGAGUACACUUAUAAUUUAUUUUAUAACAAAAAUGAAUUUAUUUUAUUCUAAAUUCUUCUAAAUCAAACAUAAACUUCUUGGAAAUUAAUAAUUUCAUGUUCUUCGUUAUUAACAUUUAAUUAGAUAAAAUAUAUAAUAAUAUAAACUUUGAACUUAAUUAUGUGACAUUAACACUUAUAAUUUAUUGAAAUAUAAAAUAACAAUAAAUUAAAAUCAAGAAUUAGUUUGAGAUUCAUGAACUAACGCGAAACAAAGAGUAACGUAAUGAAAAAUAAAAGGGUUUUUAGUAAUUAAACCCCUCAACUAAAGAUGAAUUGUAAAAUAAAUCUUCAACUAAAAAUCCUGUGAAAUAAACCCUCAACUUCAAUUCCGUUAACAUAUGUUACCCUCCGUCUAAAAAACCGUGACGGAGGGUGACAUACGUUAACGGUUUGUAAGUUGAGGGUUUAUAAUGUUGAAAACUUAGUUGAUGGGUUUUUUUACGAUUGAAAAAUAGUUGAGGGGUUUUUUCACAAAAAUCAUUAAAUUUUUAAAUCUUUAUUAUCAUUUAUAUAUUGUUUUAGAUUGAUUUAUAAGUCUUUAAAACUAAUUUAUAAAUUUUAAUACAUUACUUUAUAACCGAUUUAUAAAACUUCAUAAACAUUUUAAUACUUUUACAUAUGAUUAAUACGGUUUCACAAUUAUUUUAUAAGUUUUUACAGAUUCUGAUACUUUUUAGGAUAAAAUAAUUUAACAUUAUUCGUGAUACUACUGAAACAUAUAUUGCAAUACAAUAAUAAUAUAUCAAAUAUAUUUCUAUUGAUCAAGAAAACAAACAAAAAUAUAAUGUAUUGGAAUAAAAAUAAUCAUGCAUUAUUUUUUGGGAUAUGGGGAAAGUAUGAGCCAGAUGACGGAAAAUCAUGAAAAUAAGAAAAAGUGUGUCCUAACUCUAAAUAGAAAGAUUGACUUCGUGGAUGAAUUAUCCUCCACAAUUUUUAAGACUUAAUAUAACUUAGAAAAAUUAAAUUAUUUGAUAGUUGACAAUGACAAUAUAAACACACAAAUUUUCUUAUAUCACUAUUACCAAAUAUCAAAUAAUUUAAUAUUUUGAAGUUAUAUUAAGCUGUAAGUAGUGUUUAAAAUUAUUAAUUUAGGAUCUAUAAAUUAAUUUUAUAAUAAAGUUAUGUAUUAAAAUUUAUAAAUUAGUU